AUGUCUGGCGCAAGGCAUUGGGAGCAAGACAAAGAGGCCACCGUCUACAUCGGAAACCUCGAUGAACGGGUUACAGAUAGCCUGGUAUGGGAGCUGAUGCUGCAGGCCGGGCGCAUCGUUAACGUUCACCUACCGAAAGACCGAGUCACACAGUCGCAUCAGGGCUAUGGGUUCGUGGAAUUCAUCAGCGAGGAAGAUGCCGAAUACGCGUCACGAAUCAUGAACGGAAUCCGCCUGUAUGGAAAGCCCAUCCGCGUCAACAAAGCAUCCGCCGACAAGCAAAAGUCGGUGGAGAUUGGGGCAGAGCUAUUCGUCGGCAAUCUUGAUCCUAUGGUUACGGAGCAAGUUCUUUAUGACACAUUCAGCCGCUUUGGAAACCUGGUCAAUAUCCCCAAGAUUGCGCGGGAUGACAACAACCUGUCAAAGGGCUAUGGAUUUGUGUCGUUCGCCGACUUUGAGUCUUCGGACGCGGCCAUAACCAACAUGAACGGCCAAUAUCUUAUGAACAAGCAGGUCUCCGUGCAAUACGCCUAUAAGAAAGAUGGGAAAGGUGAACGCCACGGUGAUGAAGCAGAACGAAUGCUGGCUGCACAAGCUCGUAAACAUAACGUGCGCCCACCAACCCAGCCGCUACCUCCACAAUUCUCAAACCCAGGGACACCUAUGGUGCCAGCUGCGAUGGCCAACGGUGAUAGCUCUCGGCCAAUGAGUACUAAUCCACCAGACCUAAAUAUGGGCAGAGGUAUGGCUCCUCCGAAUGUACCGUUCCAAAACGUACCUCCUCCACAAGCAAGCCGACCCGUUCCACCUACAUCUCUGGCGAACCCACCCCCAGGUUUACCAGCACGGCCGCCACCUUCUCAGGCCGGAUAUGGCGGGCCGCAGUCCUUCCUCCCACCAGGAUUCAAUGGUGCUGGUCAACAACCUCCCUUCCCUCAAGCAGCACCUCCGCCAGGCUUUGCUCCACCGGGGUUCGGUUCACCGGCAGGAACACCUGGUCCCCCACCUCCGUUGCCCCCGGGAUUCCAGCAACCUGGCUAUGCGCGCGGGCGUUGA